AUGGCAACGACAGCUCUGACCGGUUUCUCCAUGAUGAGCUUGCUCAGCCUCGGUUACCUGACCUGGGAUUUGAUGAGUCCUAAUCAGGUGGAAAAUGAGCCAGAUCAAACUUUUGUUAACAGGUCUCCUAUUCCACAGCCUCCUCACAUUAUUUUCAUUAUGACAGACGACCAGGGAUUCAACGACAUCGGCUAUCAUGGCUCUGACAUCAGGACACCGGUGCUGGACAAACUGGCUGCUGACGGAGUGAAGCUGGAGAAUUACUACAUCCAGCCCAUCUGCACUCCGUCUAGAAGCCAACUCAUCACCGGCAGGUACCAAAUUCACACUGGGCUUCAGCACUCCAUCAUCCGGCCCCGCCAGCCCAACUGCCUGCCCUUUGACCAGGUUACCCUGCCCCAGCGGUUGCAGGAGCUCGGCUACUCCACCCACAUGGUCGGCAAGUGGCACCUAGGCUUCUACAAGAAGGAGUGUUUGCCCACUCGCCGUGGCUUCAACACAUACUUUGGCUCUUUAACAGGCAGUGUGAACUAUUAUACCUAUAACUCCUGUGAUGGCCCUGCCCUGUGUGGCUUUGACCUCCAUGAGGGGGAGUCGGUUGCCUGGGGUCAAAUGGGCAAGUACUCCACCCAUCUGUACACGCAGAGAGUCCGCAAGAUCCUGGCAACCCAUGAUCCUCAGUCCCAGCCGUUGUUCAUCUUCCUCUCCUUUCAAGCAGUUCACACGCCCCUUCAGUCUCCACGUGAGUACAUCUACCCAUACCGUGGGUUGGGGAAUGUAGCACGCAGAAAGUAUGCUGCCAUGGUCUCGGCUGUAGAUGAGGCAGUUCGUAAUAUAACAUAUGCUCUCCGCAAGUAUGGCUACUACCAGAACAGCAUCAUCAUCUUCUCUACUGACAACGGUGGCCAGCCUUUGUCUGGUGGCAGUAACUGGCCACUCCGAGGACGUAAAGGCACUUACUGGGAAGGCGGUGUACGGGGUCUGGGGUUUGUCCACAGCCCUCUGUUGAGGAAAAAGAGGAGGGUGAGUAAAGCCCUGGUGCACAUCACGGACUGGUACCCUACACUGGUGGGACUAGCAGGUGGCAAUGAGUCACUGACUGAGGGGGUAGAUGGAUAUAAUGUUUGGGAAGCCAUUAGUGAUGGCAAAGAGUCACCCAGAUUGGAAAUUCUCCACAACAUUGACCCUCUCUAUAACCACGCACACAGUGGCUCCCUGCAGAAUGGAUAUGGGAUUUGGAACACAGCCAUACAGGCCUCCAUACGAGUUGGAGACUGGAAACUCCUCACAGGAGAUCCUGGUUAUGGAGACUGGAUCCCACCACAGAUGCUUCCAGGUUUCCCUGGUGACUGGUGGAACUUAGAGCGCCACACUGCACCCUGGAAAUCACUGUGGCUGUUCAACAUCUCUGGAGACCCCUACGAACGCUUUGACCUUUCUGAGCAGAGACCAGACGUUGUCAAAGAGCUUUUAGCCAGGCUGGUGUACUACAACCGCACUGCAGUGCCAGUAAGGUACCCAUCAGAGGACCCCCGGUCAAACCCCCUCCUGAAUGGAGGUGCCUGGGUCCCCUGGGUGGGAGAUGAGGAGGAGGACAGCUGGUUCCGUGUUUACCAGAAAAAGAACAAGGACUGGAAGAAGAGGCUGUCCAAAAGUAGAUCAUUUUUCUGGAGACUCAACAAGAGGAUUAUGUCCAACAGGAUAUAG